AGCAAACAAACUACCUAUGCUUCCUUCCAUUCUCAGCUCAUCGACUCAAGCUAUCGUUCGAGAGAUUGAAUUGCAAAGUGAUGAAAUUGCUGCUCGCUAUUUGACAACCAGCAUAUUACCCCAUAGUCUCCUGAAUUGACCUGGCGUCUCAGCUACAAUCCUUUUCAGCAGCCUCACUUCGACGCCAACAGUGAAUAUCUAAUCCAGACGACUUGCUGGUACAUGUAGUAAACCGGCCUACCAUCUGCUCAUCCCGGCAUCAUGGGUGUCUUGGAACUCCUAGAAAAGAAUCGGACCGAGGCACGAGAGCGUCGUAUGGCCCUCAUUGCGGCUGAAGAUGCAGUCGCCGCCGCCGUGAAGAAAGAGUAUAGCCAAACCCAAGCUGUUGAGCCAACGCAGGACUCGUUGCGGCAGAUAAAAUCCACAUUCUCGGGUUUAAAGCCCGCGAAAAGGAGGAAAAUUACUGGUUCGUUGAACGACAAGGUUUCCGAGUCCCCAGCCAGUACGAGCGUACUGGGCAGACUCUCCGCCUCGCCUGGUUCAGAGGACGCUGUAUUGAACGUCAAAAUUACCGAGUCUUCAACCAGCCUGGACGUGCUAGGCACACUCUCCGCCCCGCCUGAUUCCAAGGAUGAUGUAAGAUAUGGCCCCGGCCGAAAGGCUCCUAGGAAGAAGGCAAUUGCUUCAUAUACAAACAAGCAGACGGUCGACACACGUAUCCGGUCUUCCGAGUGGUAUGAAAAAAUAGACAUGAGGGAGAAAUACUCUCGUGGAGACUUGCAAUUGGUGGCAUAUCUUCGUACACUGUGUCAAAACUCUGUUGCUGCUAGAGACGAUGGUGAGCGGAAGAAAAUAACUGCAGAGAUCCGUACGAAACUUCACGAAAUGGAGUUUUUUCAAUGCGUUAGCGGUAUAAUAAUCAAGAAGUCGAGGAUCUUGGAGGAUGACGGAUUACCUCGGAUAUUUGCUAACCAAGAUGGCGUCGACUUUCCUUUUGACCUGCGUGCGGACGCAAAGGCAUUAUAUCUUCGCUGGAUUGUAGGAGAUUUGGAUUCUCACCUCCUACGGGGUAUAACAACUGAAAAAGGUCGGCUGGAAAGUGGUAUGAAGCGUACCUCACACAAGCUUGAUAAGAAAUAUACCAUGAAGAAGUCAGCAAAUGUAGUUGGAGAAAACUGUCUUGUCAAUGGCCAAUGGUGGCCAAACCGCAUCUGUGCUCUCAGGGAUGGUGCUCAUGGUGAGCAGGAAGCUGGCAUUCAUGGGCAGGUGGGAAAAGGAACCUACUCGGUGGUUGUGGCGCAAGGCGGCUAUGCGGACGAAGACAAAGAAAUGGCUAUUGAAUACUGUGGCACGCAAAGCGAAAAUUCGAUUCCGACGAAGAACACCAAGCUUUUGUUGGAAUCCUACGAAUCAGAACAGCCUCUUCGAGUCCUCCGAGCAGAAAAUAAGAACUCCAAAUUCGCACCGACGAAGGGAAUACGAUAUGAUGGACUCUACACUGUCGUGGAAUAUACCAUUCUAGACGCGAGCACUGCUAUGUAUCGAUUCUCCCUUCGCCGCUGCAAAGACCAAGAUCCGAUACGUUACAGGGGCCCGGAGGCCAGGCCAACAAACCAAGAACUCCAACAAUAUGCCCUCAUCAGAGAAAGCCUGGGAAUGACGGCGUAGGGAUGUUUAUUGCUGUUACAGUACGAUUGGGUGCUUUCAGAAUGUGAUACUACGGGCUGUACGUUGCGUGACCCGAGAGUGGGCUGUACUUUAUUAACUUGCUCCGCUGCAUGAAUUUCUCCUAUUGACGGAGUGCAUGAUACCAAUAGAUUAUCUUUUAUACGAAUCAGCUCUGCGGCACGGAAUUCUCUUAUUUAUAUAAUGCUUACAUAGACCAUGCAAUUCAACGCGAGAGCUUUACACCCCAU